AUGGCGACAACUCAGGAAGAAAUGUCCAAGCUUAUGGCCAAUGUUACUCCGUGGUAUAAGGAUCCCGGACGAAGAAAGCUCUAUGCUCUCUUGGUGAUUGCACUUCUGUCCGCUGCAACCAAUGGAUACGAUGGCUCGCUCAUGAAUGGGCUCCAGUCGAUCACGUACUACGAGGAUUACUUCAAUCAUCCUCACGGCUCACAGCAGGGGUUGUUGAAUGCUAUACAAAGUGUUGGAGGGAUCGUCAGUCUUAUUUUGGCACCCUACAGUGCCGAUUAUGGCGGGCGAAAAUGGACGAUUUUCAUCGGUUGCCUCAUUGUUGUCAUCGCUGGUGUCAUUCAAUGUUUUGCUAUAAAUAUUCGCAUGUUCACUGCUGCUCGAUUCUUGAUUGGUCUUGGAUCUGGUUUCUCCGGUCUGGGUUCCCCGCUGCUAAUAACCGAGCUUGCUCACCCUUGCGAGCGUGGAAAGAUCACUGCCUUAUACAACACGCAAUACUACUUUGGUGCCUUCCUUGGAGGAUGGAUCACCUUUGGAACACUCUACAUUCAAUCAAAUUGGUCAUGGAAACUUCCUAGCUUACUACAAGCCGCUCCUUCAUUCGUUCAACUAGUUCUAGUCCUCCUCUUGCCAGAAUCUCCUCGCUGGCUCGUGUCUCGGGGCAAGGACGAGCAGGCUCUGGCCAUCCUUGCCAAGUACCAUGCCAACGGCGAUCGAGAGGAUCCUCUUGUCCGAUUUCAGUAUGCCGAAAUGAAGGUUUCAAUCGUUCAGGGUGAACAAAAGGGACGCUGGUCUGAGUUGUUCAAGACUCGUGGUAACCGCUAUCGUGUCUUUAUCUGUCUCUGCUGUGGAGUAUUCUCUCAGUUCUCCGGUACUAGUUUGACAGCAUACUACCUGCAUAAUAUCCUAGAAAAUAUUGGCAUCACCGAUCCGCUCUAUCAGAACAAGCUCAAUGGAUUUAUCUUGAUGGUCAACAUGCUUGAAGCUUGGUUCUGGGCUUGCAUGGUUGAUCGCUUCGGCCGUCGCCCGCUCUUCCUGAUUGCAUCUAGUGGGAUGUGCUGCACGUUUGCAAUUUGGAUCGCCUUGACUGCAUCUCAGAUUAUGCAUCCAAAGGAGUUGGGCUUUGGGAAGGGUGUCAUCGCCAUGAUCUUCUUCCACAACUUUUUCUACAACUUCGCUUGGAUCUCCCUCAAUGUCGCCUACCCCCUCGAGAUUCUCAGCUUCAAGAUCCGUGCAAACGGGUUAUUCAUGCAAGGUCUUGCCACCAACGUCUGCCUCGCCAUUUCUCAAUACGUUAUUCCAAUUGGAAUCGACGCUGGCAGCUGGAAGUUCUACUUCUUUUUCGAAGGGUGGCUGAUCAUCCAGCUCAUCACCGUUUACUUCUUCUUCAUUGAGACUCGUGGCGCAACACUCGAGGAAAUCAAUCGCACGUUCGAUGGUGCUGAAGCCGUUGAGGAAAUCAAGCAAAGGGCUAAUGAUGCUGUUGGCAUGAAGGAUAUUACUGAGAUUGGCAACACAAGGAAGGCUGGGGACGAUGGGGUCGGCUUCGAGGUCACUCAUGUUGAUGAGAUUCGCGAGAAAACGGCAUGA